UUGCUCCUACCGUCACAUGUUCUGGGUGUCUUUAAAAGAAGGGUUAUCUGGACUCAAGAGGGCUACAACAUCUUCCUGAAACCUGCAGCCUCUUUCUCACCUGAAAGAAUAAUCCUAGAAAGCUCACAGAAUGUGUGAGGCAUUUGUAGGCACCUGGAAACUCACCUCCAGUGAAAACUUUGAUGAUUACAUGAAAGAAGUGGGAGUGGGUUUUGCCACCAGGAAAGUGGCUGGCAUGGCCAAACCCUGCAUGAUCAUCAGUAUCAAUGGAGAUGUGGUCACCAUUAGAACAGAAAGUACUUUUAAAAAUACUGAGAUGUCCUUUAAACUGGACCAGGAGUUUGAUGAAGUCACCGCAGAUGACAGGAAAGUCAAGAGCAUCAUAACCUUAGAGGCGGGCGCCCUGGUACAAGUGCAGAAAUGGGAUGGAAAAUCGACCACCAUCACAAGAAGACGAGAGGGUGAUAAGUUGGUGCUGGACUGUGUCAUGAAUAAUGUCACUGCUACCAGGAUUUAUGAGAAAGCAUAAGGCAAAGGACACAGACCUGGACUCAAGUUUGCAUCAAACUCUACAACAUUUUGUUGGAUGUACUGUUCAAAAAGAUAAUUAUUGUUUUCCCCUGAUUAGCAGGCAAUUUUCCCCUAACUUGGAUUUUAUUGAAUAUGGUUGUGUUGGUUAAAUAAAACUUUUUAGAUUUAGAA